AUGGGCAAUGGUCAAAUGCUUGAAAGGGGGUUGCGACGUCAGUCGACAACACCCAAUCCCACCCCCGUUGACGACCCCAUCGAUUACCCUGAGGGUGGACGCGACGCAUGGCUCGUGGUAUUCGGUGCGUUCUGCGGCCUAGCAGCAUCGCUGGGGCUAUAUAACACAGUGGGCGUCUUUGAAGCUGUUGUCUCCAAAGACAUUCUGCCGAAUGUGUCCUCGUCUACAACCGGUUGGAUAUUCUCGGUUUAUGCAUUUGUGAACUGGGUCUGUGGGAUGCAAAUCGGUCCCACCUUUGAUGCGAUGGGCCCGCGGGCACUGAUCCUCGCGGGAACAGUCUGCACGCUGAUUGGCAUCUUCUCAUUCAGUGUUUGUAAAGAAUACUAUCAGUUUUUCCUCGCAUUCUCCGUCCUGACAGGCCUCGGCUCCUCCCUUCUCCUCACGCCGUCGAUGGCCUGCGUGGCCCACUGGUUCAUGAAGCGCCGCGGCCUGGCUAGUGGGGUCGCAUUUAUCGGGAGCGGUUUUGGCGGGGUGAUAUUCCCGCUGAUGCUGCAAUCCCUCUUGCCCCGGGUUGGCUGGGGGUGGUCGAUCCGCAUUCUUGCCUUUGUCCUGCUCGUGCUGUGUGCCAUCAGCGUGGCCUUUUGCCGUAGCCGGGUGCCACCGCGCAAGGGCGCAGAGACCACUUGGCGCGAUACACUUCCGGACCCGUCGAUCUUCCUCGAUGGAACCGGAGCCAUGGCCCUCACCACCUUCGGGGUCCUCUUCACCGAUCUGGCCUACUUCCUCCCCAUCACGUACGUGCCGAGCUAUUACAUCGACCGACAGCGCCUGUCCCAAGAGGAGGCGCUGACCGGAUCGGCCGCGUUCGCGUAUCAGCUUCUCGCCAUUCUGAACGCGGCCUCCUGCGGCGGCCGGUAUGUGGCGGGCGAUCUGGCGGAUCGCUUCGGCCGGUACAAUACGAUGAUCGUCUCGCUGUUCUUCUGCACGGUCUCCGUGCUAUGCUUCUGGCUGCCGGACAUUGUUGUCUCGGACCUCGAGAACGACGCCUUGCUCAUCGUCUUUGUCGUCCUGUUCGGCUUCUGCAGCGGCUCCAAUGUGAGCCUGACCCCCAUUUGUCUGGGCCAGCUCUGCGAUACGCAGGAGUACGGACGCUACUACGCGAGCUGCUUCACUGUGGUGGCCAUUGGCGUGCUGGCGAGCCUCCCGAUCGGCGGGGGCCUCCUGAGCGCCGUGACAGCCACGGGCAAGGAAAAGUAUUGGGGUACCACGCUAUUCGCCGGGCUGAACUAUGUCGUCGCCUUCUUAUGUUUUGUCUGGGUGAGGAUCAAGAUCAAGGGGUGGGAUUGGAGGAUCAAAUGGUAG